AAAGACGAUCGAAACUUCGUCUGCUAACUUUCGUCUCGUUUUGGCCGCGAAAUCAAACAAAAGCGAAUCUUCAUCAUUUUACAGUGCCAUUUCAAUAAGCUAUUACAUUUAAAAUAUAAAACCUUAAUAUUGAUUUCGUGUGUUUUAAAAAUGCCAAGAAUAACUAGAAAUAAUUCAAUUAAAGAAAGUGUCGUAGAUGUUAGUUCAUCGCCAGAAAAGGAUACUAAAAGCAAUGCUAGAAAUGCAACAAUUUCUGCUGUCAAGACCACCCAUCCUGAAUCACAAUGUGUGAUGAUUGUCCCAGAUGGCAUGUUGAAUGAUAACCAAAGGGGUAUAGUGGUUGGAAAACUACGUAAUCCAAAAACAGGCACAGGAACUCUGUAUGCAUUUUCCCACAACAACACAAAACUUUACGAAAUGAAUCAAUUUGAUGAAAAUAAAAGAUCAUGGUUCAUUGAUAACUCUGUUCAAUCUGAUGGUUCUUUUUUUCUAACAACCACUAUAGAUCCAUUGUUCGUCAUCAUACCAUAUUUACAAAAAGCCAAACAUACAAGCCCUAUAGAUCAACUACUUGUUGAUGAAGAGUAUACAGAUACAGGAAAGUUAUCUUUGUGUUCCAAAAAAGAAGAUCUUGAAAAAAUUGCUGAUUGUAAACAAUCUGGAACUUUUCAAGCAUGGAAAUAUAAUGAAGGAAAAACCUUUGAUUGGCUAGGGAAAAAAGUGUCACGACUUACUCAACAUCUAAAAGACAAAAAUUUCAAUGUAACCCAAUCAGCUGUAUCAUCAAACUAUGUAAAAACUGAUAGUGCAACUGUUCCAGAAAGUUUAUUUACGCGAUACGCAUUCGGACUAAUAUCUGAAUACCUAUCCGACGAAUUGAGCGCAGCGUUGGAAAAACAUUUAGACCUGCCUGCUGUGCCCAAAUUUGCUAAUAACGAUGACGUUAAAGAGCCACCCGCAAAACGACAAAAGUUCGGUUCUGUUAUCAAAUCCGAGCCAACAGAGGAUUACAGCAAAGACCAAAAACCAUUUGUAAAAGAAAAAAUUCAAGUUUCAGCGAAAUCGAAAGCAUUAGCCAGUGCGGCGAAAGGAUCGAAGAGUAUAGCCUCCUUUUUUGGGAAGAAAUAGAGUAUGUGUCCUCGUGUGUCGUGUCCUAAUCUUUAUCGAACACCUUAUUUUUUUCUCGUUUCCUCUUUUUCUUAAUACAUACUCCCAUCUUUCAAAUUAGUA